AUGGGCGAAGCCUGGGAUGACCUCGCCGCAUUUCGAGCCCGCCGUGGAGAAUGCGCCGAGGAGGUUGCCAAGAUAAAAGCAAGAUGCGCCCAGGACCAUUCACAGCACAAGCAUGUCCUCGAGUGUCGCGACUGCUACCCACAGGUCAUCAAUUGCAUGCGCAGCUGGUUCCUGGACACCAAGAACCAAGAGUGGUUCUCCGGGCGUGAGGUCUUUCUAGGCGAGCUCAAGGCCUUGUUCGCUGCGGCGCUGGAUCAUGCGGUCGGCUUGGAGGAGAUCGAUGCGCGCAUCGACACGGAGCGGCGCAAAUGGUAUCAGGAGCAGAUCAAAUCCUCGCCCAGCAUUCGAAAAAGCCUGGAGGAGUUGACGGAUCAUAAAGAUGUACUGGCGAAAGUCGGAAGUGGCGCACCCUUCGAGGACCUCUUGGAGUCUAUGCAAGCCGCCCUUGACGGUGCCAGCAGCAGGGAGGAUGCCAAAAAGAGUCUGGACCGUCUGAUCGUGGCCAAGUCGCCAGAGGAAAAGUACCAGCUCUACAAGGAGACGUUCUUUCAUGUCUCAUCGGACGAGCACAUCUCCGAAAAGACACAACUAUAUGCCGACCGCCUCCAGACCGGCGCAACCAUGGACGAGAUCGUGAACAAGAUUUCCUUGGACCGCCGCUCGAGCAUAGGUGCAUCGGACCAGAAGGAGAGGAACCGCAAGCGGAUAGACGAGCUCCGCAGGGCCAGGGCCGCGCAUGAGCUGCAGAAGUCCAAAAAGGCGAGCGGUCGCAAGGACACACAGAAGCCACAGCCUUCGAACGAAGUUUACGACCAGCCCCCAUGCAGUGUCUUGACCGAGGCGAAGAGCUCCACAUGGAAGAAAGCCACGGAUGUGCAAGCGGCAACUAUUGCACGCAGAUCACCGACGAGGACAUCGAUAUGGAUAUGGACAGCAAGCGGUUACUUCUGUGCCGGGAAUGCACUCAUCUUCACAAGAUCGAAUCCAUUUUCUGCUCCCUACGAUGCGCAGACACCAAUUUCCGGCGCCAUCGAGAAGAAGUACACAUACCAGGCCGGACGCGAAGAUCGAUUCAGGUCGAGGUACCAUGCGAGGGACAUCAAGUUGCACGUGGUGCCACUGGAUGAUAUGUUGGAAGACUUCGCGCAGAAGAACGGGAUCGAUAUACAUUGA